AACCUGUAUCCGAGAACCGGACCGAUUUCUAGCAUCGUGUCAACACGUUUGAGACACUGCUUUCAAGUGGCACGUGGUUGUCAUAAUUUAUAUACAAAAUGCGAUGUUCGAGUACUGAAAAGAAGACGAAAACCAGCACAACCGUAGUGCAACAGAAAAAAUCGGUUGGAGAACAUUAAAAAUUUAUCCCGAUAAUUCGAUAUUUUGAUUAACAACGUGUUAAUAAUUGCAUGCAAAUAUGAGAUAUGCCCAACUGGUUAUGGGGCCCGCUGGCUGCGGAAAGUCUACAUAUUGUUCCACUAUGGUACAACAUGCUACUGAUGAAAAGAAGGUCAUAGAAGUGGUGAAUUUGGACCCAGCAGCUGAGUACUUCGACUAUGAGCCUCUGGUAGACAUACGAGAAUUAAUUCACUUAGAUGAUGCCAUGGAGGAUCAAGAGUUGAAGUUUGGUCCUAAUGGUGGCCUUGUGUUCUGUAUGGAAUACCUACUUGAGAAUUCGAAGUGGCUGGAGGAACAAUUAGGUGACGUGGAUGAGGACUACAUAAUUUUCGAUUGCCCUGGUCAAAUAGAACUGUAUACGCAUAUGACGGUGAUACGUCAGCUUGUCGACAUGCUGCAGAAUAUUAAUUUCCGAAUUUGCGGUGUGUUUUUAUUGGACAGUCAGUUUAUGGUAGACGGUUCGAAGUUUCUGUCGGGCACAAUGGCAGCCCUUAGCGUGAUGAUUAAUUUAGAACUUCCACACAUCAACAUUCUCACUAAAAUGGACUUGCUCUCAAAAGGAGCAAGGAAACAGUUGGACAGAUACCUAGAACCAGAUCCACAUAGCUUGUUGGCUGAUAUGGAAAAGGGUCACUGGAACCAAAAGUAUAGAAAUCUCACUGAAGCUCUUGGAAGAUUAAUCGAGGACUACAGCUUAGUUAGAUUUUAUCCACUCAAUAUCAAAGACGAAGAAAAUAUUGCUGACAUAAGGCUGACUAUUGAUAAUAUCAUCCAAUAUGGUGAGGAAGCUGAUGUCAAAAUGAAGGACUUCGACGAGCCAGAGCAAGAUGAUGGUGAUUAACAUAAACCAUCUAAUCCAUUCAUGUAAAUAAAACUAUUUUUUUCAAAUAAUAAAUUGUCUUUACACGUCA